GGAUCGCGACUCGCGAGGAAGCGUGACGGGAAAGACGUUUAUUAGUGCGCGCCGGGCGGCGAGCAACAUGGAGAAUGUCUGGAGAAUGUGUUGAAUGUGUCGAGCUGUCGCGUUGUGAGAAGAAGACAGAACGGUAGUGCGAGAAAAGUAUCGUCGUCGUCGUCGUCGCCGUUUAAAUGACACGGCACGAUGACGCGGUCGAAGAUCCAAAAGAUGAAGUUUUUCGUGUUCCUGUUGAUCUUCCUGUUGGCGCAGACGGCGGUCUGCAACGGGAGUUUCCGGGAAAAGAAAGAUGCGUCUACGAUUGAUAAGAAGAUAGUUCCUGCCGCGAAUGAGAACAAGGGAACCAACGAACAGGUUGACAAACCGGGUCCAGGGCCUCCCGACGCGAAGAAACCGGCAGUUGAAAACAAGACACACGACAACCUAACCUCCUCCAAAUCAUCGUCGUCAUCGCCGAAUAUUGAGAAUAAAACUGUACACACCGCGGACAGCGAGCAACCCAGUGAUGGACAUGCAACGUUUAAUACUGGCGCUCUCGUACGUGGAUUCUUGGUCUUUGUGGGACUGAGCAUCCUUGUCAUGGCCUACAUCGUGUUCCGUAGCUUUAGGUUAAGUAAAACACGCGCUCAGUUAGUUCGAAAGUACGGUGUCCUCACGCACAGGCAGGAUGUCGAAAUGCGACCGCUGCCAUUGGAGGAGGAAGAUGAUGAAGACACAACUGUUUUCGACGCGAGUAACGUCGUGACAAGCAAUGUUCAACAUCAGAACGCAUAAAAGUAUCCCAUAGGGAAAUACACCAUUGUGCUAUUAUAUCUAUCAUUCGUAUAAUGUUGCUCUUGACAUUAUGUGACUUUUGACAUUCAACUAACUAUCACAGUCUCUUGAGGUAGGCACACAUGAAGACUUAUCGAUACGAGACAGAUUUCAAGCAUUUUUCAACGUCUACUUGAAUAAUGUUAUUUGCUUUGAGCAGCAAGAUUAUUAACAUCAAAUACGCAUCUGUGAUGCAUUUAUCACUAACAUAUUGUGCUUGUCAGCAAUAGAUGUACUUUUCCUAAAAAGAAAGAAAAGAAAAAAUAUACAAGAUAUUUCUACUAAUAUUCUCCACCCUAUCAAUAUUACUAUGUGAUAACGGAAAAUUUUAGAUAUAUAUCGUCUGCGAGCUAAUGAAAAGUUAAUGGGUGGCUUAUAUCUCUACUCUUAUACAGAUUAUAUUUUAAUUACUCUACGUUGUUAUAAUUAAAAUUAUACAAAUACAGAUUGUCUCUAUUUUA